CGUGAGAGAGAUGGCAAGAGACCACAUUCCUUGGAUCUCUUCGCCCCUCCCCCUUCUUUCACGCUUCCUUCCUCUUGUUUUCUCCCAUUCUCCUGGACUCCUGUCUCUCUCACUUUCGAACCACAAGAAAAUUCAAGAAACCUUCCAUCUUUCAUGUCUCCACACCCCCAAAAAUGGAAACCCCAAUCACUUCAAGUUUCUUGAGAUUUCAGGGUGCAAACAAGGGGGUUUUAAUGGUGGGUUUCUAGAAAGUCUUGAUCUUUAUGCUUCGUUAAGCAAAACCCAUCAUUCCCAUAUCAUCAAAUCCAAAACCCACUUCGCUUUUGGCCUCAAAGUGUCUGAAUCACGAAAAGGGAUUCAAAAGUGAGCUUAAUACAACAUACCCACAAUUCAAAAUUUCUGAUUCGAUGGAGGAAGCUAAAGACUUCCCAAAUGCUACAGUUGUAGUGAGACCAAACCAGUCUAGGGGGUUUCCACACAGAUUGAUGCACUUGCUUAUCUUGUUUCUAGUUUUAUGUUUCUCGAUUUCUUUGUUUGUUAUCUGCACGGUUCGAAAAACCGGAGUCGCCACAGCCGUGGCUCCACGGGUUUCCGUUUCACAACCAUGUGUUGAAGAACAGCCAAAGACUGGUCUUGAUCAUUGGAUCAAGUCUCCUUCCAGUUUGUUGCAUACAAUGAGCGAUGAACAGCUCUUUUGGAGGGCUUCUUUUAUGCCACAAUUGAAGUCGUAUCCGUUUACUAGAACGCCGAAGAUCGCGUUUAUGUUCUUGACAAAAGGCCCAUUGCCGUUGGCUCCAUUGUGGGAGAGGUUCUUGAAGGGACAUGAAGGUCUUUAUUCGAUCUACGUUCAUUCACUUCCGGCAUAUCAUGCUAAUUUUCCACGGACGUCCGUGUUUCAUGGGAGACAGAUACCAAGUCAGAAAGCGGAAUGGGGUCGAGUGAGUAUGUGUGAUGCUGAGAGACGACUCCUAGCGAACGUCCUUCUCGAUAUCUCGAACGAAUAUUUUGUUCUCGUAUCCGAAUCGUGCAUUCCCCUUUACAACUUCACGCUAACCUAUAAUUACAUAACAAACUCCAAUCACAGCUUCAUGGGAGCCUUCGAUGACAAGGGGCCCGUCGGCCGCGGCCGCUACAACAAUAAAAUGUUGCCGGAAGUCGACAUCUCUCAAUGGAGAAAAGGAUCCCAAUGGUUUGAAGUCGACCGGAAACUCGCAACCAUUAUUGUCUCCGAUGUGACUUAUUAUCCGAAAUUCAAAGAGUUUUGCAGGCCAGCUUGUUACGUGGAUGAACAUUAUUUCCCAACCAUGUUGACGAUACAGGCUUCGGAUUCGAUCGCGAACCGGAGCUUGACUUGGGUUGAUUGGUCGAGAGGUGGGCCCCACCCCGCAACAUUUGGGAAGUCCGAUAUAACGGAGAAAUUCAUGAAGAAACUUCAAGAUAUGCACAACUGUGAUUAUAACGGAAAACCGGCUUCCGUUUGUUAUCUUUUCGCGAGGAAAUUUUCGCCGGGAACUUUGCAACCGUUGUUUCUUCUUGCUCCUAAAUAUUUGGGCUAUUGAGACAAAAAAUAUUGAAAGUUGGGGGGUUUGAGAGAAGAAUAAAAGUUGGAGGGGUGGAAGGCAAACUUACUGAAUAUGGACGUUCUUACGAGCGUUUUUCUUUUCAAAACAGAGGAAUUUUCGAUAUAUUUAGGUAUAUAACUUUAAAUCCCAGUCACCGGUUUUGUGGGGAAUCCCGAUCAGAAUAGGUCUCAUUCCCAUUUUUUUAAAUAGG